GGCUUAGACAUCUCUAAUUUAUCACAUUCUAUUCGUACCGUAAAUAGAGUGAUUUUUAUAAUACUUCGAAGCGGAAAAAUGAAUUCAAUUUUACUUGCAGCAUUCUUGUUAUUCUCACCAGUUUGUCAGAUAAUCAAUGCUCAACAAUUUUCAUUCGAUGAUUUGGCGAGCAAGUUUAAUACUAAGGUUGAUGCGAUUGACACGAACAUGAGGCUGAAUUGUAGUUUCAUUCUCAAAAGUUUGGGUUCCAACGAUUUCUCCAAUAUUGAAUUGAAGCUCAACGCACCAUUGAACCCACUUUUAAGCAAUGACAAAUUGGAGGCUUUGGUGACAAAAGUGCCCGAAGGCGUCAAAUUGAAGAAAACCAACGUUCGUGACUUCCUACGUAGUAAAAUCGAAACAUUCAACAAUAAACAAAUAGAAAAUCGAAAUUUAUUGGAUCAAAUUUGGGCAGAAGUUACAGUUGAUGUGUCAAGGAGAAUGGAUGAUCUUUUUCUGAAAUCGUUUGUACAAUGGGAAAAAAAUUCGGUCGAUAUCAAUCACAUGAAAAAGGUCAUAAGCAAUUUGACGGAUGCGAUCGUCGAAUUCGAUGAAAUGAAUAAGGUAUUCGGUGAACAAUUGGAGGCAGCAGAUAUGGCAAGAAUAUCAAUUGAAGAGGAUAUCUCAUCGUCCGCAAUGGUGUUCAACAAACUUUUAAAAAAGUCAAAACUGACAACGAGCAUUAUUAUUGAAGAGGUUGUUCCCAUCUUUAGUGUAAUAUUCCAAAAGCUAGCUGAAUUUGAGAGUAUUAUUCAAAAGGAAAAUGCUCUUACAAAAGAAUUUAAUAACAGGCGCAUCGUUUGGGCGGAUUAUAUGAUUGGCGUCAGAGAAACGCUUUCGGCAGAACGAAAACUUGUAAAACCAUACAAGAAAACAAGAAUCGCCAAAAACCUCGCGAAAUUGGGAAUUUUGUGUGGAAACGAAGAGAAUCAUCUUUAGAGUGUAAAUAUAAGUUGUAGGGAACUUUUAUUUAUUUCUAAGGAAAUAAUCAAUAAAUGUCCACCGUGGAAAUUAAUAUU